AUGUCGACCAGCAACCAUGUGAUUAACGCGAGGGCUACCGGGCACCUUGCGUUCAACUUCGAGUUUCCCCUCUUCCUCAUCAUCUGCGCCCUAUUGUCCAUCUUCUUCCUGCUUUACUUUAAUCGAGUCUUUGCAUCAGUCGUCUCGUAUGGCAUCCGAGCAUUCACUUGGCACCGCUAUCGAGUCUACAUCGACGUGAAAGCCUUGCAGAUAUCCCUCCUCGGUGGGCGCAUCUUCUUCACCGGCUUGCGCUACCAUGGGUCCAACGAAACCUUCUUGGUGCAACAUGGAUCCAUCACCUGGCGCUACUGGCUUCGUCGAGUUCGAGAAGUGGACAUACGCGCGUCGAGCAGCACGGCCGAGGGCGUGGCUGCCCGACAUGACAAGAAUGCAGCCCUCCCGUGCCGCAUCAACGUCAAGCUCGUUGGUCUGGAAUGGUUCGUGUACAAUCGCAGUCCGGCAUACGACACCAUUAUCGCUGGACUUGCCGACAGUGGCUCCCCUGAAACGGAAUUCAGCGGCGUAAAGGACGACAAGGAUGACGACGCCGUCGGGUCGCGAAGGGCCAGACGAAACGAGCCCUCUGUGGAUACGCCCGUCCCCGGGAUAAGAAGUUGCAAUCAGGGCGCGACGUCGGAAAAGUCGACAGACUCAAGGCAGAACUCUUCGCUACUCAGCUCCAGCACAGGCGCAGCCAGCACCGAUGACGAGAGCCAGCGAGACGGCACGGGCCUCCCGUUCAUCCUUCAGCUCUUUCCCAUCCAUGUCGACUGUCACAAGCCGGCGGUGGUUGUUGGCAACGAGACAACCAAGGCCAUCUUGGUUGUCAAGGCAAACUCUGCCUCAACCGACAUAGAUGCCUCGGCGACGCCAACAUGCGACCAAUAUCGGCAGACCUUCAAAGCACGCCUCGACCAUCCAGUGGUAGAAAUGAAAGAAAACGAGGACUUCAAGGAGGAUCUGACGGCUCGCGCAACUAGACGACAGGAGGAUGCUCAGGGUUCGAAGCCACCACUCCCGAGAUCCUUCUUCAGAAGAAAUCGCCGCAAGAUUCUCAGCUCCCUGCGAAAUAUGGUGCCAUACUGGCGACGUUCUGUAGAAUCGUUUUCAACCGACUCGAGAACUGCCAUGGGAACAGGCACCUCUCAGGUUCCAGGAUCGAACCACUGGCAAGGUCUGUCUAGAUACUUGGAUGAUCAAUAUCAGGACGACAAGGCCCGUUGGUCCUUGGUAGAAUACGGGGCAGUUCCAACAAUCUUGGAUUCACCAGACGUCACACUCACUGUAUAUUGGGAUGUGGUGGGCCGUGUAACAGAGCAGGCCCACUUGAACACUCGCACGGCCUCGUCCGCCAACAUCAACGGAUGCGAACCGCCGGCGUGGGGAAUGAGCCUUUCCGUCAAAGGUGGUACUAUGAGCUAUGGUCCAUGGGCAGACAGGCAUCGUGCCAAUCUACAGCGCGUCUUCUUCCCGCCACUUGCCAAGAAUGCUUCUCCUGCAAGCGCCUUGCCGGCUGGUGCGUGGAGAGUUGCCACCUGCUUCACCUUGUUCGUCGACUUGGAGGACACGGUGACCCUCCGCAUUCCAACUAGGGAAGAGUCCAAGAACUGGCGAUGGCGCGGCAAGGAACCUCCAAUUCGGCACCAAAGCGGGCCUAGCAAGCGAAAGCAGAGGAACCGGGCCAAGAAGAACAUCAAAGGAGAGGCAUCUCAGCCGCGACCCGCCGGUUGGCUCGAGAUCAAAGUGCCGGCCAAUGCGACAGUGGCAUAUUCCAUGGACAUGCUCGCCAGCCCCUCGGGAUUUGAAAAUCGCCUGGAUAUCGACCUACCAAGCACGGAGCUCUGGAGCAGCGUCAACCAUGACUUGCUGUGGAAGUCGGGAGCACAACGGAUCUCUUGUAAUCUAGGCAACCCCCUACCUUGGAACACCCUGCGGCAGUGGCAUUUCAGCGUCGACUGCACCGAUUUGGAACUGUUUCUUCUUCGCGAUCACGUCUUUCUCCUCAUCGACCUGGUGGAUGAUUGGGCUAGUGGACCUCCUCCGGAGUAUCUCGUCUUCACUCCCUUCAAGUAUCACCUGCACCUGAAUCUUCGGAACCCACGGCUCUACAUCAAUGUCAAUGACGAGAACAUCAUCGACAAUGCGACAGCUCUUGAUGACAACGCAUUUCUGAUUCUCUCUAGCCCUCUCCUGAAUGUCGAGACCACCAUCCCGCUCGACAGCUAUCGACCAAGCAAGAAUGCAAUCCCGUUUGACAUUCGCACCGAUUCUGUCGACCUGAAUUUGCACUUUCCACAGUCGAGCACGCAGGCAGCUUUCUUGCCGUUCAACGAGCUCGGCCACGCGGAUGGGCUUGUCGUGAGUGGCAGUUAUCAGUACAACUCGACCACGUCACCAGCGAACACAGAUACGCUCGUCUUGAAAGUGCACGGCCAAUCGCCGUAUGCGCACCUCUACGGGUUUGUCGUCAGAUAUUUUUUGCUGCUCAAGGACAACUAUUUCGGCGACCACGUUCACUUCAGAACUCUGGACGAGUAUCAGGAGCAGCUGCAGGUCGAGACGAAAAAACAAGGAGCCGAACCUGCACCUCGCCCUCCUAACAGAAAGUCCAACGAUCUGGAUGUCAUCUUGUCCGUCAAGGUUGAUGAUCCUAGGGUCAUGCUGCCGGCCAAUCUCUACUCAGCCGACCGAUACGUACAAUGUGAACUUGCCGACUUGUCAGUCGACCUUCGCUUCACGAACUACUUCAUGGAUCUUGAGCUUGCCCUGAGCCCCUUGAGCCUAUCGAUGGGCAAUCCGGGAAACGGCAUGGAGUCCCCAGGUGUUUCUUUCUCUAGCACGCAGCUGUUCAUUGAUGGACUGCGAAUAUUUGGCCAUCGCACAUUCGGCCUCCCACCCUCGGAGCCAACCUAUCUUUGCAACUGGGAUCUUGCCGUUGGAGCUGUCAGUGGCGAAUGUUCCGCAGAUUUUCUCGCCACCUUGAUUAGGGCGGGCACGGCUUUCAGCUUCACAUUUGAUGAUGUUGAGAACGCCUUGGUCCCAUACUCAUCUCUCGUUUUCCAUGACAUUACCUUCGUCCGCGCAGCUGUGGACUCUGUUCGAGUCUGGGUCCACCUGGAUGACGUCGCCUUCCUUUUCUCUACAGACACGAUUGAAGUAAAAAGUAAUGACUGGGCUCGCUCACAUUACUCCAAGCGCGCCGACGUCAGCAUUCCCAACGUGCAGUUGUCCUGUGUCAAUGCCGAGGCAGCGGCAAGACACAACUCUCGACGCCAUCAUCCAGUGGAGACACAGGCCUACUUGCGAACGAAUAUUCACCUGGCGGCCAUCGGCCGGAAGUUCCACUUCACCAAAGAACGCAAGAUUCAACAGGACUUGGCGCGCCGUGAAGACCAGCGCACUGAGCGAAUUCCAUUUCUCCUGAUCGACGGGCUAGCCAGCGACUUUGUUUCAGAGCCAGUUGAUCCUCCUGCGCAGUGCUCACCGACGCCCCCUUUUCCAGUUAUAGAGGCCGAAAAUGACGGGAACUCGUCUCACACUGAACACCACUACGUGAAAGACGUACAUGAUCACUCGUCUGUCGCCUUUUCGAGCCAGUAUUUCGCACCGCACUUUCCCUCGGAUAGUGUUCGUCCCGAGAAUCGCGAUGCCGUUUUUCCUGACAUUCUGGAAGACGACGACGACGACGAUAUAUUCGGCCAAACGAUAGCGACCCUGGGUGAGAUUGACCCACGCAGCCUGAGCGAGGAGCACGCCUACGCAAGCGUUAUUCUCGAGUUUCCCUCUGGUCUCACGGCUUGCAUCAAGCCCGAAGCAGUUCGACAUGCUGUUUCGCUUCUGGCAGAGCUGCAACCGAGCGAGCCCGAAAGUAUACUCGAUUCUCUCCAGAUAGGCGCCAUGGGGGAGAUAUUCGCCUCCAAGAAGCCAGAGCAUCAUCACGGGAAGAUCCAGGACCUUCUCGUGAGGCUGCCAAAAGCGGACAUUCGUUUUCUCAACUCAGCGGCGCCCAACUCCCCGAACGACUCCCACGAGGACCAAGACCAGUAUGACCUGCGAAUUUCCAAGGCGGUCUUGAUUACUCGAACUGUAAAAGAGAGCAGUGUCACCAAGAACGCUAGGACGUCGCUUCAUUUUCGCCUGAAAUCUGCAGAAAUCUCGGCAUCGGAGCGCUUGUCGUCGCUUUACAAUCCCAAAGCAGCUGUCAUGGUGGAAAUUGACGAUGUGAUGGUGUCUUUGGGCGCAAAAGACAUCACAUUCUUUGACGCUGAUAUAGGCUCUAUCGUUGGGAGCACUGCAUCAGGAAAGAUUGAAUAUUUGGCUUCUCUCAUACACCGAACGGGAACCCUGGCAUCGGAUCUCGAAAGUCUCGUCUCCGCGACUACGGCCGGGAACAGUGAGCGGGCCAAGUAUUUGACAUAUCGCCUCCUCAACCAGGGCAGGUCUACCAACGAUCCUGCGUUCCUCACUCGACCCUCGGCUGUUUUGAGGUCGGCUCCUCAGCAUAUGCGGACAUGCGAUUCAUGGAAGCUAGUCAUGCGACUUCGUCAAAUAUGGGCUACUAUGAGAACCAUCAAAAGCUCCCUGCUGGCGGACGACUGUAAAGAUGCAUCCUGCUUGGCCCCUCCCGAUGCUGCGGGAGUUGUGUUGACCGCCUUCCAACGGUGGCGCAGCUGGGAUCUGGAGGAUGCUGCUAAUUCCGUGCUGCUCGCGAGAGUGUUUGGAGGAAACAAGGCAGUGGAUGUAGAAGCUGGAAACGAUGCGCCCAUCCUUGGUGCGUGCCGACUGGCAGAGUUGCGCUUUGUACUGGAUCCGGGCCCGAAACAGAACAAUAUCGGGCUCCUCGAUAUCACUUUCAGGGUUGAGCAGAAGCCGGCUGCUUCGAACCAUACCCCUUCCGAGGUGCCCGAUUUUGAUGGCCCGUUGACUGUUUGCAACUUGUGCUGCAGCGACGCGGCCGUACACCUCAAUUGGGAGCUUUGCGAAUUGGCAGACGAUGUUCUUCGACUGUACAAUCGAAACCGUGCGAGCAGUCUCGACGAGCCGAAAUCGACCAAGCCACACGCCGAACCUGCAAGGGCACGCUCGUCCGCAUUUCACGUCGUGCUCGAGCUAGUGAGAGGCUCGAUCGACUUGGAGACUGUGAAUCUCAGCCUACAAACUCUAUCCAGCGGACUCAAGGCCUCCGUCCUAAUGCAGAGCACUGGCGAGCAAACAGAUUUCGCCAGCGCCCUGGUGAACUGCAAUGCGGUCACAUCCCGACUGCAUAGUCAUUCGCAGCUCCUUGGAACUUGCCAGCUUCGCCAACCAAGUAUCUUUGCGUCUCACGAGCUGCAAGAGACAGAAGAGGCCUUGUUGCGCUCAUUCAAGUCGACGGGCAGCUGCCAGGAUCUAACGUUUGCAAUCAAACAGGAUCCCAUUUCUUUGUUAGAAACCACUGACCUCGUCAUCAGAGACGAGGUUGCUCAACUAUACCGCCUUCAAAGUCUGAUACCUGCUUCUACGAAUGUUUCAGAGCCAGUCAAGAUGGCGGAUCGUCUCUCCAAAGUCAAAAUCAACGUGGCCUUGUUCCUCGACAGCUACACCAUCAACAUUCCGCUUUUGCAAUCUCUGACCUACAAGAUCUCAGGGGUCGUGGCGCGAAUUGCAUGCGCCGCCAACCGUGGCGAAGAAGUCAUACUCGACUUCGAUGUCAAGGAGAACUCGCAUGGAAUGCAGAUCGACGUCCGAGACGAGCCUCGCAGCAUCUCUCUUCUUCAAAUACCUCCCAUGAAUGGUCGCGUAACAAGCCAGACGAAUCAAUCCGACCAAGCCUUGACCAUUCUGUCCUCGAUCGAAGUCAUCAGGCUUGAUGCCUCUGCCAUUUAUAGUAUACUCGCGGCUCUAAACCGACCACAAAUCUCUAGCGCGAUCCAGGAAAUCCAACAACAAACCAAGAUCAUACGAGGACACAUGGCCGACGUCUUCGGAACGACAGAACCGCCCAGUCCAGCAUUCACUCAUGCCCCGCGUACGGCUUUGACAUACAAUCUUCAUCUAACGCUUGCCGGACUGCGAAUAUUUACCAAAGCAGUACUGACGUCGAAGACAGAGCCAAUGGCCCAGAUCCUCUUCUCCCUGGAUAAGACGCACCUCCUUGCAUGCAACCAACACGAUUCGGAUGGCCCCCCAUUACGAUACCCAGAUCUGCAUGUGAACUUGCGGCAAAUGGGACUCGACGUCCGCAGAGGCAGGAAGGAUGCUAUGAGAUCGUGCGGUAGCAUGGGAGCCAGCGUCACGGUUUCUGCCAGCUCCAGACGUGGUGACGACAACAAGGAGGAUUGGCACUUCAACUUCCGCAGCGACGAACUGGACAUCAACCUAUCCCCAGAGACCGUCUCGACCGUAAUUGACGUGAUAGGCUAUUCUGGCUCCAAGGUCAAGGAUCUGGACACGUCACGGGAGCUCGAGUAUCUGCGAAAACUCCGGCAGUCCAAACCGCGAAUCACCAUCAACGACCAGGAAGAACCAGGAGAAGACGCCGACCUGUUGGGUUCCGUGCUGGCAUCUGUGGUUUAUCAGUUUGAGCUACGAAACAUCCGGAUGUGCUGGGACGUCGCCAACGAGUCAGGGGAUAAAGAUCACAGCAAGGAAGACCUUGUGCUGUCGAUUCAACUCAUCGAGUUCGGGACCAGGACGAGGAAAUCUGCCAGGCUCACAAUCGAGAGGCUCUUGCUUCAGACCGUCCCGCCGGGACAAGACAAGAAUAUGCGGUCUUUGCACUCCGCUCUUCUUCCCGAGGUGAUCUUCAAUGCCGCCUACGUGUCCACAGCCGAAGCACGUCGCAUGGCUUUCCAAGCCACUGGAGAGUCUCUGGACCUACGCCUGACCUCUGCGUUCAUUGUGCCUGCUGCAAACCUGGUCGAGUCCAUUUCCCUGUCGAUGAGGAACGUGCAGGAGGCCUCGGCGCAAUGGACAACUGGAACAGCCGCCGCCAAAAAGCCAGACGAAACCACAACUGCCCAACGGCAGCGGAGCUUUUUUGGAAACAAGCGGUUGGAAAGCCUGCUGAUUGACGCCGACUUUGCCGGGGCAGUGGUAUAUGUCUCUGGCAAGGACGGCAAUGACGGCUCGCACGCGUCGUCGAAGCACAGCCGUCGACCGUCUCUAGGCGGAAAAUACGGCCAGUUCAAUGCAGACGAUUCUGGGAGCGCGGCAGUGCUUCGCACCCCUGGAUUGGCGUGGAAGGCCGAAUACCGAGAUAAUGGCGAGGAAGACCCCUCACUGUAUGGCGAGGUCAAGAUUGAUGCGUCAAGCAACAUCCUGUACCCGGCGGUGGUUCCUCUCAUCCUCGACAUCAUGUCGAGUGUCAAGGAGGUCGUCAGCAAUAGCAGCCAGGACAAACGAGCCCCGAACAGCGAGCCACCGAAGAUGAAGCCAGAGAGGUCCGCGGAAGAGGAUAACAUCCUCACCGCGGACCCGAGUGCCGUCUUGGGCCGGCUGAAGCUCAAUCUUGGCCUGCGCAUCUGCAGGCAAGAGUUUUCCUUGAGCUGUCAGCCCGUGGCUCGUGUGGCAGCAACCAUGAGUUUUGACAAUGUCUAUUUCACGGUCAACACAGUAACCUCUCAAGAGCAGGGCAACUUCUUUGCCAUCUCUGGAACCCUGACGAAGCCUCAGGCCUCAGUGCAGCACGUUUACUCGAGGGACUCGACAGCAAGUUUCGGGGUUGACACAGUGACACUUUCCUUCAUGAACAGCAAACACGUUAGCGGCACCAGCGGCGUGUCCGCCAUCCUGAAGGUGAGUCCAAUGAACAUAUCGGUCAAUGCGAAACAAGUGCAAGACUUCUUGCUGUUCAGAGAGAUAUGGUACCCCGAAGACCUGCGCCACGCAUCGUCGGCCCCGGUUGCGAAGCUCGAGACGGAGACUUCGCAGGGCCAUCUGGUCCAGCGCUAUCAGCAAGUGGCUGCUACGACGGCGUUUCCUUGGACGGCCACGAUAUCCAUUGCCGCCCUCGACGUCCAGGUUGACCUUGGGCAAGCCAUAGGAAAGUCUGUCUUCCAAAUCAACGACUUUUGGGUAUCGGCCAAGAAGACGUCGGACUGGGAUCAAAACUUGUGCCUCGGGUUCCGACGAAUAAGCAUCGACUGCACAGGUCGGCUGAGCGGCUUCGUCGCCCUGCAACACUUUAGGUUGCGCACGUCUAUCCAGUGGCCCAAGCGAGAACAAGCGCUGAACGAGACUCCGCUCAUCCAGGCGUCGUUGGCAUUCAAUGCCUUGCGCGUCAAAGCGGCUUUUGACUAUCAGGCCUUUUUGGUCGCCGAUGUGACGUCUCUGGAAUUCUUGAUGUACAACGUCCGGGAGAGGCGCGAGGGUAGCGGAGACCGGCUGGUAGCCAUCUUUGACGGAGACGCGGUGCAAGUCUUCGGAACGACAGCAUCCGCAGCUCAGGCCGUGGCGCUGUACCAGGCCAUGCAGAAGCUCAUCCAGGAGAGGAAGGAGAAUUUCGAAUUAUCUCUUCGGGAGAUUGAGAAAUUCACGAGACGCAAGUCGAAUACGCCGCGACACAUGCAGCAGCAUUCGCCGUCGGCGCCGCGGUUGGCCGAGGACGACACCAUGGCCAAAUCGCCGAUAUCUCUGGACACUGACGUUGUGGUGACGCUCAAGACUCUGAACUUGGGGGUCUUUCCCAGCACCUUUUCCGACCAUCAGGUGUUCAAGAUGGAGGCACUCAACGCGUACGCAAGAUUUGCGGCCAGCAUGGAACAACGACGGAUACACAGCAUCCUCCGGAUGACGCUCGGUCAGCUCCGGAUAGGGCUGGCUGGAGUGAGAAAUGCUGAGGCGCCCAAGACGCUGAGCGAGAUGACGGUAGAGGAUGUGGUCCAGCGGUCGACGGGAUCGCGAGGAGGCACAAUCCUGAAGGUGCCGCGAGUGGAGGCGGUGAUGGAGACGUGGCAGAGCCCCAAGAGCAACCAUAUCGACUUUGUUUUCAAGAGCGCUUUCGAGGGCAAGGUGGAGGUGGGAUGGAACUACUCUCGCAUCAGCUACAUCCGCGGCAUGUGGGCGAGCCAUUCGAAGUCGCUGGAGCAGACAUGGGGUCGACAGCUCCCGAUGACAGCAGUCAAAAUUACCGGGGUGCCGCAGACGGAAGCGGAACGGAAGGAGGGCGAGCAGCAGAAGAUCAGGGCCGAGGUCAACGUGCCUCAGUCAAAGUACGAGUACGUGGCACUCGAACCUCCGGUCAUCGAGACACCACAACUCCGGGACAUGGGAGAGGCGACGCCGCCGCUGGAGUGGAUCGGGCUGCACAGGGACAAGAUGCCCAACUUGACUCAUCAGAUUGUCAUUGUGUCGCUGCUGGAGCUGGCAGGAGAGGUGGAGGACGCCUACUCUCGGAUCCUGGGGUCUUCGUGA